CACUGAAAGAAGCUGAAGAGAAGUUACAAGUCAAGGAAAAUCUGUUUGUUGAGCAGCAACUACAGAGCUCUAAGGACCUGGAGGCUCUGCAGAGGCAGAUGGGAGCAUUUGAAGAUGAGGUGAAGAGACUGACUGCAGACAUCAGUACUAAAGAUGAGCAGCUGGUUCAGCUGAGGUCUGAGACCUCUGCACACUCUGAGUUACUGCAGCAGGAGAUUGAAGCUCUAAACGUUCAGAUAAAAACCAUCUCUAAUUCCCUCGAGACUGCUGAGAACCAGGUUAAAACCAAAGAGGAUCUGAUGGUCAAACAGGAAGAGGAGAAUGCUAAUCAGAAGGAGCUUCUGCAGCAACAACUGCAUGAGAGCACUCUGCAGAUUGAGGAAUUAAGAAAACACAGCUCAGUAGUUGAAGACAAAGUGAACCAGCUGAGGCAGGAAAUCCAAACUAAGGAAAAUGAAGUCAGUGUGUUAAAAUCAGAUCACCACAAUGAGGUAGAAGCAUUACAGGAUGAGAUUAAAGCUCUCAAGGAUCAAGUUCAGUGUUUGAGUGAAUCUCUGAAGACUGCAACAGAUCAGGUUCAGGCUAAAGAAAACCUGCUGGUUCAGAAAGAAAUGGUAUUUUCUCAGGAAAAGAACUCAUUUCAAAAUACAAUCACAACCUCUGAGGAGGAAAUCAGAAAACUUAAAGAAGAGAUUCAGACUGCAAAGAAUCAACUGGCUUCCCUGAAAGAAGAGAGCUCCAUUCACUCUGAUACGCAAGAAAAAGAAAUCAAACGUCUGCAACAACAGCUGGAUCAUACUGGGGAGUCACUCAGAAAAGCUGAGGAGAAAGCCCAAACUCAGCUGGCUUUGCUGAAGCAGCAGGAGCAGGAGAGUGCUGAUCAGAAGGAGCUUCUGCAGCAACAACUGCAUGAGAGCACUCUGCAGAUUGAAGAAUUAAGAAAACACUGUGAUGUUUCUGAGGACCAGGUGAAGCAGUUGAAACGAGAAAUCCGAGCUAAAGAGGACAUAUUUGUUGUGGAGAAAGAAAUGCUCCAGGCCAAGAUUCUCCAGGCAGAGACAGAUCAGGAAGUUCUAAGAAAACAGUUUGAAGCCCUCGUCACUGAGAAGGAGAGACUGACUCACUCCAAUCAGGCCAUGGAAAGAGAGAUCAGAGCCUCUCACAAGCUGGAAUCUGCUUUACAAAAGGAGCUUGAAGUACUGAAAAAGGAGAGCGAGACUGCAGGAGGAGUUGAGAUGAAGCAGGGUCUGGAGCAGCAGCUUGCAGCUAAAUCAGAGGCUGUGGAACAUUACAAAGCUCAGAUGGAGAAAGCUGUGAGCCAUUAUAACAGCAAGAAGCAGCUUCUCCAAAAAAGCGAGGAGGAAGUGAAGGAACUCAGACAGUCUUUGGAGGUCAAAGAACACGAAACAAAUGCUCUGAUCAUGGAAAAGAAGCUUCUUAAAGUGGAUUUAGACAAAGUGCAGAACAACGAGAAAAAACUUUUGAGCAUGGUGGCCAGCUUGGAGGCACAGUUGGCUUACGCUGAUCAAACUCUAAGAGCACAAAAUAAGAUUCAGGGCAGUGAGAGUAAUGUGACGCGUCCAGGUGUUGGUACCAGAUCUCAGCUGAGGAAGAGCAGGAGUUCUGACAGCCUGGAUCAAAGCUCUCUGGAGGAUUCUCUGAACGUUACCAGGAAACUGUCAGCACCUGAUAUAUCGAGCACACCGCUCCUUCGCAGUUCACAACGAUUGGCACAGAAACGCAGAGGUUUUGAGGCCGAGUCACUGGAAACAUUGUACUUUACUCCGCUUAACAGCAGACAGAUUAAAAGAAGUGCAACGUCUGACAGUGAGCUGGACUCAGCCCAGAAAACCCCAGCAUCAUCUGUGAAGAGGCGCAGAAUGACACAGGUUAUUAACAUCACCAUGACCAAGAAAAUGUCUGGCUCCUGUGAGGAGGAGGAUGAAACGUUCCACAGCGUGACGACUUUGUCCUCCCACCAACAACCCUCCUGUUCCCGCUCUGUAAGACCCGAGCUUUCCGACAGACCAGUGAGUACGACUGGUGCUGCCAAGGACCAGCUCGUCGGACUGCCGGGCUACAGACGAAGCACCAUCCAUUCACAGACCACUGGCACAUUCUGUGUGGGAGCAGAAAACGAACCUGACGGUGGACCAGAAGACUGGCUGAGGAUUGCAGAGCUUCAGUCCAGGAACAAGGCCUGCCUGCCCCAUCUGAAGAGCAGCUACCCUGUGGAGUUUGAGACCGGAGGGAGCACGGCCUUCAUGUGUACAGACGAGGAGCUCCGCCACGGGGAUCCGUCAGACACGAUCAGACGUGGAUCGAUGAUUCCGGGUCAGCUGCAGGACUCCCUCACCUCUCAUCGCCAGUCUCUCAUGUUGGGUCAGGCGGGGGUCACCACUCGUUCUCAUCGCCUCUCCUUGAUGCCGGGCCAGCUGCCAGCUAAAAGAAGCGGCUCCUGUCAGCAGCAGAGUCUAAAGGGCAAAUCCUCAUCCUCACUGUCUGUACAUCAGAAGUCUCCUGAGAAAAAGACUAGAGUCAGCUGCUUCCCUCGUCCGCUGACUCCCAAAAUGAGGAAUGUAAGCAGCGGACCAACCAUCAGUCCCGCCAACAGGAGACAGUCGAUGAUGUUCACGAUCGACAACACACCAAAGAGCAACAACAACUUGAAGAAAAAGCUGAAUAAACUGCGCGGCUCUUCUUGUAAAUCUCCUGCUACCAGAAGUGGCAGUUAUAAGUCACCGCAGUCGGCAAAGAAAAAGUCGGCCAAGUCUCCUGGACUCACUGCAAGUGCUCGCAAGAUGAUGCGCAGGAUUAAAAUUUGAAGACUUCUUUGUGUCAGAUUGUACUUUUUUCCUCCAAUCUUUUACAAUUUCUUUUAAUCUUAUACAAUUUCUGAUUAUAUUGCUUUUGCACAAUUUUUUUUUCUCGUCUGCACCCUAUCUUUGUUUUAAAAUUUUACAUUGUUAUG